AUCCCCCCACCGAAAGCAAAGGAGACGGAAAAGAGAGAAGAUAAUAAAGCGGCAUAAAAACAUUCCGGCCUCCUCCCACCUCCGUGGAAUUCCAAAGCGAGCGCGCCGCCGGUCGCCACCCAUGAUUCCCAUGGGCGGGCACCAGGCGGAGGAGGAGGGCGGGGUCGCGCGCCCUCACAAGAGGGCGCCGCGCGCGGGGGCCGGGGCCGAGACGGCGUCGUCGCUGGCGGUGCUCGCCGACGACGUGCUGCUCCAGAUCCUGGGGCGGCUCGAGGGGGACCCGCGGGACUGGGCGCGGGCGUCGUGCGCGUCCCCGCGCCUCGCCGCGCUGCUCCGCGCCGCCUGCCUCCCGCCGCGCCUGUCGCGGGCGCUCCCCGCCGAGCUGCUCCCGGCGCCGGCCCCCGACGGGGCGCCCGCCGCCUGGGCGGCGCUGCACAAGCUCUCCGUCUGCUGCCCGGGGCUCCUCCGCGCCGGGGUGCUCCUCGAGCCCACCGACGAUUUCGGCCUCGAGCUCGACAUCGGGCCCGACGCCCACUUCCGCGCCCCCGCCCCGGCCGCCGUCGAGGGGCUCCAGGCCACGGCCACGUCUCGCGACCGCACAGGCGACGCGGCGCCCGCCGCCGUGGCACCGCUCGCGCACGGCGCCGGCAGCGACGCCGCCGCGUGGUCGCUCUACGACGACCUGUACCUGGACGCGGCCUACGACUGCUCGUCCGAGCCGCAGAUCCCGCCUGCUGCCGCGGCCCCGGCGGCGAUCCGCGAGGCGGAGGAAGCCACCGCCACCGCAACCAACGCAGGCGUCGCCCGGCGCGGCGUGGUGGCCGGGAGCCGCCGGCACCCGCGGCGGUGGCUGGGCACGGUGGGCGCGCACCUGGCGUCGGGGUCCUGGACGCUGAGCCGGGAGCAGGGGAACAAGCUCCUGGCCAGCCGCUUCCGCGGCGACCAGCUGUACCUCUGCGACUGGCCCGGGUGCGUGCACGCCGAGGAGCGCCGCAAGUACAUGGUCUUCCGCGGCGUGUUCCGCAACUUCGCCCGCUCCCAGGUGCGCUGCGCGCUCAGGGACACGCGCCGCCCCACCGUCGCCGUCGACUGCGCCUUCUGCGCCAGCAAGGAGGCGUGGGACCUCUACUCCGCCUUCUGCCUCCGCAGCUUCUACGGCUACCACGACGACGGCGAGCCCGUCGUGCGCGCCUACGUCUGCCAGAACGGCCACGUGGCCGGCGCCUGGACCGAGCGCCCGCUCUACUCCUGAUCCUGGUACCGCGUCAUUCACUUGUCUCUUCCAUUGCCAUUGCCAGAUGCUGCAGCAAACAAAGCAUUGCCGUGUGUUUUUAGCGAUAUAUAUGAGCUUAUCUGCAUAUAGUAAUCCGGAUUUCAUCGAGCUCUAGAUAUACUGUAUGUACGAUGUGUGUCAUGAUUAGAAUAAGAAUGCGAAGCUGGGUAGGUUUGCAGGGUAGGCGUUUAAAUAUUUGCAUAAAAGGAUUGUAAUCCUGAUGCCGAGAGUAGCUAGCUGCAUAAGAAUGGAAGUGCUGUUGCGUACUUCUGAGUUCUGGUUCGAUAUGACUGAAAAUAACUUAAUGCUGAGUAUAUGAUUGUAUAUAGGAAUUGCAGAACUCCGAUAUUAUAAUGAACCUUUUUCGUCCAAGAAGACCGGAACACCCGUU